UUUGAGUUGGUCGUGAUUGAUGUGGGUUUAUGCUCGGAGGUUUGUGGUGGCGUAAUUUUUUUUUCUUUUUCUCGCUGUGAGUUCUCCCGAGUUAUAUGGAAACUAACACGUGGGUUCCCGUGGGCGCUUCGAAGUCGAUCGCGAGCAGAGAGUGUUUUCAGACUGCGUUGAGGGUCUGGAUCGACAAACCACACACCAUCAACAGGCGCUUGGCGGGCGUCAAACCUCGGUCGGAACGUCGCUUGCCUCCCGGUGGAAGUGUGCCUGAUGAAGAUGACUCGUUUGUCAGACAUCUGAAUGCGGUUGACUUGGACGCCCUGCCUUCCUUCCUCGCUGACAAUGCAGUCCCGGCCGAGCGCUCCUGGAAGGAAGGCGUGCAAGUGGCGGGAUUCGUCCUGGAGCGGGACCUACUGCCCAAACAGAUCGACAAGUUCGGACCCACGCGAGAAGUCGUCGCUGUGUUCGGCGACUGCGCAGUGUUUUGCAACGUGUCCGGAGCUUCCGCGAUUUCACCCAGCGUCACGUACAGGUUGCGUCUGAGCCCGGACAAUAGGAUCCACCUGGAGCUGUUCAGGCCCAAAAGCGCCGACGUGGACGACAGCGGGGUGGCCUGGCUGCGGGAGCACGUCCUUCCCAAGGUUGCCCGGUGGGCCUCCAGCGAACCCAUCAACUCCAAGCAGGUACUGGUGCCAUCGCUGAACCAGGUUUGCAUCGAACGGUACAAUGCCAUCUACUUCAACCUCAAGAAGAAGCAUGGGAAGCACCUCUGUAAAAUCUGGCCGGAAACCACGGACCCUCUGAAGUAUGUGUAUGAGGACAUCUCCAUUGCCAGCUAUCUCCUGACACUCUGGGAGCAGGGGAAAGACGAGGGGGCAUCUGAACCGCCCACGUUUGUGGAUGUGGGCUGUGGAAAUGGGCUUCUGGUCUACCUCCUGGCUGCCGAGGGGUACAAGGGGGUCGGAAUUGACGUGAGGAAGCGCAAGAUCUGGGAUCUGUAUGGACCAAAGACCACUCUGCUGGUUAGUAACACUUAAUUGUACUUUAAAAAUACAUUAUUUCUUUGUCAUAGCAUACUAGAGGUGUGCAAAUAUUUGAAACUGCGAAUAAUUUGCAAAUAGUGUUUGCUAUACAAUUGGAUUCAGAGCACACUUUUGUUGUUCCAAGUAAUAAAGUGUUUUCAA